GGCAACCGAGGCGGCAGCAGCAGGGGAGGGCUGUGGAGAGACAGGGUAUCCCCGGGAUUUUUUUCUAAACCGAAUUAUCGGACUUAAUUGUCAUCCAAAAUUGCACGUAAGGUCUUCGGAGGAGAGGAUCGGUGUCACAUCGACUCACAGUGGCAGCCGUCAUGUCGGAGGACGCCGUGCGACAGACGCGCAGCCAGAAGAGGGCGCUAGAGAGGGACUCGCUCCCCCCCAGCAGCAGCAACACCUCCACCACCCCCAGCACCACCUCCGUCACCGACCCCCCUGAGGCCGAGGCCAAGCGGCCGUGCCUGGAGGGAGCGGGCGAGAUGACGGGCCACGAUGAGAGGGCCGAGAUGACCGAGAGGUCAGAGAAGGGGUGCCGGCCGAAGGUGGAACCCACCACUCCCACGGGGAGGACCACCACCACCACCACCUCCUCUUCCUCCUCCUCCUCCUCCUCCUCCGCCCUGCUGAGCGGAGCAGAGGUGAAGGCCACCAUUAAAGUGGAGGUGCAGACGGGGGAGCAGCCCAUGGACAUGAGCACCAGCACCAAGAGUGAGAUCAAGAAAGAGAAUAGUCCACCCACAGCUGAAGAUGAUGACGAUGACGAUGAUGAUGUCAUUGUCCUGUCAGACAACGACUCCCCCAGCCCACAAAUGAAUGGCCACUUCAAAGAGUUGGACACAGACCUGCUGAUGAAGAGCAGCCCAGAGGAGAGGGAGCGCAUUAUUAAGCAGCUGAAGCAGGAGCUACGACUAGAGGAGGCCAAACUGGUGCUGCUCAAGAGACUCCGGCAGAGUCAGAUGCAGAAGGACAGCCAGCCCAAGGCGGUGGGCUCUGGUGCUGUUGCUACUCCACCCCCACUAGUGAGGGGCUCCUUCACUGCCGCUAAGGGCUCACCACAGGUGUUGUCAGGGCGCAGCUCUGGUGCUGUGAUCCCGCCCCCACUGGUCAGAGGAGGCCAGCAGGUGUCCAAACAUGGCUCCCAGAACUCCCAGAUCAUCAUGCCUCCUUUAGUGAGGGGAGCACCGCCCAUCUCGGUGUCGCCCCAGCAACUGCAGUCUCUGCGUCAGCAGCAUCAGCACCAGCAGCAUCAUCAGCAUCAUCAGCACCAUCAGCACCACCAGCACCACUCGGGCUCCGGGUCGGGUUCCGGGCCUCCGCCCCUCAUGCUGGCGCCGCGGGCCGCCGUGUCCUCGGGGAACCAGAGCCACAAGCUGCUGCAGUCAGGAGGGCUGAUACGCGUCGCCAACGUGCCCACCACCAGCCUGCUCGUCAACAUCUCACAGUCAAGCCCAACCAACAUGAAGUCGUCGAUGACCUCGCAAUCGGCAGGGGUGGGUGUGGGCGGCGUCGCCGGUGGCAACCAGGCAGACUCUCCGGCAAGCCGUCAGGCGGCGGCUAAGCUAGCCUUGCGUAAGCAGCUGGAGAAGACCCUGCUGGAGAUCCCACCCCCCAAACCGCCCGCCCCUGAGCUCAACUUCCUGCCCUCCGCCGCCAACAACGAGUUCAUCUACCUGGUGGGCCUGGAGGAGGUGGUGCAGAACCUGCUGGACCUGGGAAGAGCCAAGCAGGGUCUGCCGGUCGCCUCUGCAAACCAGUCGCACGAGCCGUUCACCUGCGUCCAGUGUCAGACCGACUUCACCUGCCGCUGGCGCCGGGACAAGGGGACGGUCCUGUGCGAGCAGUGCAUGUCGUCCAAUCAGAAGAAGGUGCUGAAGGCGGAGCACACCAGCCGUCUGAAGGCGGCGUUCGUCAAGGCGCUGCAGCAGGAGCAGGAGAUGGAGCAGCGCAUCCUGCAGCAGACGGCCGCCGCCGCCUCUUCAUCGCCACACACCUCCUCCUCAUCCUCCUCAUCAUCCUCCUCCAGCGCCAUGCACAUGGUCAAAGCAGAGCAUCUGGUGGCCCAGCAGCUGAAGCAGCGCUCGUCCCUCCAGCAGCAGCACCACAUCAGCAGGGCCAGCCCCAACAUCGCCCGUCACCAUGCCAACAUCAAACAGUCUCCGGGCUCUGGUCAGCUGUCCCGUGGCGGGGUGCAGUCGUCGGGCGUGGGGGGGGUGCGGGGCCUGAGCCACUCCUUCUCGUCCUCGUCUCAGCUGCAGAGUGCGGUGGCCGCCGCCGCCUUGGUGGCCCGGCCAGGUAAGAGCGCCGCCUCCGCUGGGGGGCGCAGGCACGGUAGCCACGGCAACAACGCCGCUGCCGCCGCCGCUGUGUGGAGGAAGCCCAGCAGCGUCAGCUCAGGUGUCACCAUGGCCUACGUGAACCCCAGCCUGUCGGUCCACAAGACCUCGUCGUCGUCCGUGGAGCGCCAGAGAGAGUACCUGCUGGACAUGCUCCCUUCCAGAUCGCUCUCUCAGACCGCCAACACCUGGAAAUAAUCUUCACCCUCAUCCUCUCCCUCCGAUCCCCCGCUCCGCUGCACCCUACCCCCCCCCCCCCCCUCCCCCCUCCCCCCUCCGGUUCCAUUCGCCAACCCGCACCUGGAAAUGAUGUCAUGGUCUCGUCUCUUCAAGCUUAGCAUUUUUACUGAGCACAGUCCUCCACAGCUAUCCCACAAGCCCCUUGCCCAUAUAGACAUUGGCGGCAACUCCGAGCCACAGUUGGUGAUUGGAUGCGGAGGCUCUGCCUUCGUUGUUGGCUCUGCCUCUUUUGCACCUGCUUUCAGACCCCGCUCAUUUACCCCUGCAGUAGGAGGAGCUACAUGUUUGGAGGGGCGGGGCAUUGCUGCAGUCCCACCCACAUUGUUUUCUGUUUUGUUUUGUUUUGAUUUUUUUAGAGCGGCUGUUUUCAUUGGUUAUUAUGGUCCUUCCCUCUCCUUGGGGUGAUAUUAAUAUUAUUAUCGCUAUUAUGGGUUUUUUUCUACUGGAAUAAAAUGAAAUAAUGGUAAAAAAAAAAAAUACAAUUACAAAAAGAGAUGAUCAUGGAAGAGUAAGAAAAAAAGGAGUUAAUGGAAAAAAAACAAAAAACAAAUAAGUGAUUUAGAUAAAAGACUGUAUAAAGGGCUUCCACAACAUCUGGUCACUUAAGACCUUCAGUGAGAGAGUGUGAGUGUCAAUCCUGCUAUCAUCCUUGUUUUUUUUUGCCCAGACCUAACAAACUGAAUUAUGACAAUAGCCCUUUGUGGACUUUCUGGAAUUUUAUAAAGCCCCUCCCCCACCCCUACUUUACUGGCUUGGACACCUGCCAGUCGUGAUGAUGGGACUGCCCUCUCCGGUCUCUCUGUCAGAUUGUGGCUUCCCACCUAACACAAACGGAAUAUGGCGACAACAGGAAAAAGGGAUGUGGAGACGGGCGUGCGUCCUUACGCCGGCUGAGUGGCGGCUGGUGGGUGGAGGGGGCUUUAGCACUGCUGGUGAUUGCAUCUGUGACCGUAACUUGUGUUGCUUUGUGGUCAUUUUUUUUCCCGAUCACUGGACUGUUCGUAAAGAAAAAAAGUCUUAAGAGUUUUUAAGAUGCUGAUUUCAGACGCUUGAGCAACUGUUAGACCCUCGUCACAUCAUGAGAGACCCCCACAAGCCUGUUGUGCUUCUUUGGUUUUUUAUCUUUCAUGUGUGUUUCUGUUUGUCCUCCACCCCUCGUUAGCGCCAGACGCUGGUGGGCAGCAUGUCUCCGUGGAGAGGCUCUGUGCUCACCGGAGUCCACUGGACUCGGACUGGUCCCGCUCUCCACACGUUAGACGGACAGCAGCUGGUUAGUCACACCACGUGGAUCUGUACGUCAUGCAAAGAUCAACAAGCGGUCAAAGUUCACCAGAACUGACUCUCAGUCCACCUGUAGAUACCCUAUCCCCCCCCCCCCCCCCCCAGCUUAAAGAGUGGGUGGGGGGGGGGGGGGCUGUGUUUAUAUUGUUAUACUUAUUUGAGUUAUUGCUUAGGAUUAUUUUGUUUUCGUUUGUUUGUUUGAGUUAAGGGCCAUCUCUGCCAUAUUUAUUUUGGAGUUCUAAUUUGUGAUGUGGAGAUAUUGGGCAAUUUUUUCUUUUUUUUUUCUUUGACUUGUUUGUUUGUUUGUUUGUUUGUUUUUUCUGUCAUUGCUCUCCUUUCAUCAGCUGCCAGGACAGGAAGUGGAGGGGAGGGGGGGUUCUUUCUUUCCUCUGAAGUCUGAAAAUGGGGGGAUUUUGACUUUAUGUAGCCACCUGCAGCGAUCUUAAGACGUCUGCAUAGCAUGGUUGUUUCUGAGAUUCUGAUACGUUGUCAACCCGGGGUUGUGCAUAUGUCAUGAUUGAAAACAUAUCAGAAUCUCAGAAAUAACCACGAUAUGCAGUCGUCUUAAGAUGUCGAUUCCUACUUUUACCUCCAUAACCGCCCCAAACCACACAGCCACACCCAACACCACCCAGCCCCACCUCUGCUGGCUGCAGACCAGGCUGGGUUCUGGUCUUUCUCUGGCCCUCAGCAGCAGCAGCAGCAGUGGUGGUGGUGGUGGUCAGAUCUGUUCUCUGUGGACGUGUUUGUGACUGUAGAAGGGGUCUCUGUUCAACCUCAACUAGCUGUUGUUGUUGAUAAACUGUUGAUGAUGACAGAUGUUCUCUGUAGUUGCAGAGACUAAAGCGUUGAGAUUGACAAUCUCUCGCUUGUGAUCUCCGGGUUGGCUGAUUGGCUGUACAGGGAGCACGUGUCCACCGUGAGUUUUCUGAUUGGCUGUACAGGGACCACAUGUCCACAUUUACCACCCAGUCACAAACAUUGGUUCCUUACCUGACACAACUCUAACUUUGCCCUUUCCCUCAGUACACACAACACACACCAAUCCCACCGAUCCCUACUGUACAAAACAGUGUUGCUAGAUUAAUCAUGUUUAAAUCUGUUGUCCUGUCUAACCAUGUCUCAUUGUAGAUUUGGCCAUCUACAUCCCCUUUGGGGCUUUCCGACAGCCAUGUUGUGUCUGAUAUAGACCUCUGAAGUUCACGUAUAAAAAGGAUCCAAAAGCUGACAUCUUUGCCCAUAUAAGGAGAUCCGGGUACAGUCUUUGCCCUGGUACCUGGAUCUCAUUAUAUAUCCUUAAAGAUGACAACUUCCAAGGUCUAUUGAGGAAGUCAAGUCUCCACAACCAAUCAUAGCGCCUUUAUGACAAGCUUCAGCCAAUCAGAGAGCAAGGAAUAUACUGUCCUGGCCGCUGCUGUCCAAUGAUGUCACACCAUUCCGUCGCCCCGGGUUACAGGCGCUGUUUUCUGAGUAGCAUAAUCGAAAGGCACCCUGGCCUUCUUUUCUGCUGAUGUAAUAAAUCAAUGUUUCAAUUCGUUUCUCUGUUUUUGAUUUGUUGGCUUUUUUCUUUCUCUCUGGUUCUAUUAAAAAAGUGAUAAUAAAAAAAUAAUUUUAACCCUUUCA